AUGAGCGGGAGAGCCGCCGCGAUGAUCGUCACGGUGCGGCCUGUUUGCCGCUGUCUCCUCGUUUGCCUCGUCGCGUGGCGUCGCGAAGCCGAUCCCGUGGCCGCCGUUCACAUCGUCAUCGUUCGCCCCCUCCUCGUUCAUCUCGCCAGCGGUCGCCUGCCCGCCAGACGUUUGGGCGUCGGCCCCCAGCUCCGCGUUUGCCCCCUCCUGCAAAGCGCCAACGGCUCUACUCCCCUCGUCGCGGGGACCGUUUUCCUGGCCGCCAGCGUCAGCACGGCCCAUCUCGCCCGCAGUCGCCUAUGCGCUCGAGCGCAAGUGGGCGUGCGCGUCGUGGGCGACGGGGAGCCGCUGCCUGCGGGGACGGGCUUCGUAGGUGCUGGUGGCGGGCCGCCGUGGGCUCAGUUUGCUCCGCCGCGUCCUCUUCCUGCUCCGCGUGAUCUCGCCGUGUCGUCUCAUCGUGCCCGCGCGUAUGCGUUGCUUCCGCCGAUGAAGGAAGUUCCCACGGUGACCCUGGCCCGCCUAUGGUCGCUAGCGGCGUCCCUGCAGAGCCUUGAGCGGAUUCUCCAGGAGUCAUUUGACUCCAUGCCGUUGACAGACCGCUUUCACCAGAACUUCCUGCGAAAGCACCUGGGAGCUGCUGCAUUUUCCCGGCCCCUUAUUCCAUUGGACGGCCACACAACCCCGCCCAACCUCUCAUCCCUCGCCACCCCUCCUCCUGCUUCCCAGACUCCUUUUCCUGCUUCCGAAACCGCCGCCCUCUCUACUGCUGCUGCUUCUACCACCGAGUUUCCAUUCUCCCGUGAUGCCCUCCCCGUUGCGGCUGCCUCCAGUGCCGCUGCUCUGCGCCGUGCAGUGAAGCGGCCAAGGGACGACUGCGUUGGGAGGGGGGGCGACCAACGUCUGCCGGGUGGUUGUGACAGCCGGUUGGUGCGAAGCGGGUUGGUGCGAGACGGGUUGGUGCAAGGUGGGAUGGUGAGUAGCACGGAGCGCCGGCAUCAGUCAGCAGUGGCGGAGCAGUUUGAGCAGCAGGGGGCGAGCAGCAGCAUGCAGCAGGCAGCGGACGAAGCCCUUCUGGAGGCUCUGCUGCAGGAGGAGCGUCGCCAGCUGCACCAGGGAGGAGCGAGGAGCAGGGCGCAGUGGGUGCUGUGGCCGCGCGUUGGGUCGGAGAGUGCCCUUCCAGACGACGUGCUGCUGGGAUUCAGCUGUGAGGACCCUGCCUUCAUGCAACGCGCCGCUCUCUCUGUUCCUCCGCCUACCCAGCCGCCCAAACCUCUGCCAUCGCCAUUGCCCCCCCAACUCGCUGCUCCGCCUAGCUCUGCUUUCUGCAUUGGUAAUUCCACCCCCUGUGCUGAUUUCGCGGUGCAGCGGGUGGACUGGCCGCAUGUUGCGUCGGAGAGUGCCCGUGACCUUCCACACGACGUGCUGCUGGGAGACCGUACCUCCGCGCAACGUGCUGCUCUCUCUGCUCCUCCGCCCACCCAGCCACUUGCACCGCUGCCAACAGCAAUGGCCUCCCCACUCACUGCUCUGCCCGGCUCUGCUCCCGGCAGCACAAGCAGCUGCAUUGCAGAGGUACUUGCUGGGAGUACGUGUGGGUGUGGCACAGAGGAGCAGGAAUACGUGGAUGCAUGCAUUAUCGUGCUCGACAACGGAAGCUCCACCGACAACAAAAGCAACGGCACCGACAACAACGACAACAGCAACAGUGGCAACGACAACCAGAGUGACAGGGACAAGGAUGCUCUCUUUCUCGACACGCCCAUGGCCCACCUGCUGCUGGCUGGGAGUGCCCUCGCUGUGCCCUUGGCCAGUGGGCCUCAGGCUCAGAGGCCUGCACCCCCCGGUGCUGCUGGGCCACCCCUCGGUGCUGCUGGGCCACCCAGUCGGGCUGCUGGGUCACUCGUGGCAGAAUGGGCGGCAGAGCAAGGAGGGGCCGGGGAGGCAGGUGCUGACUGGCACAGGCAGCAGCAGGGGCUCACCCAGGAGGCGACGCUUGCACAGUGGAAGGCGUGUGGGUGUGUAGAGCUGGACCGUGCUGCAGCAGCCCUUCCCAUCCGGUGCUCUACCGGCUCUCUGUUUGACACGCCCUGCCAUGCUGCCUCCGUGGCCUGA